UUUUAUUCAAUCGAGGCAAGUGUUUGCACCAUUGACUUUGUGUACAUGCGCUACGUCAUCGAUGUAAUAAAAUUGUAAGGGAUUAAUAUGCCGAUGUUUGUAAAAGUCAAUUUGGGCCAAUUAGGAUUUAUACUUUAUGACAAUAGCGGUUUAAAUGAUGUGCACUGAUGACAAAUGAACUUAAUUGGGUGUGAUUACUGCGAAGUUAGCGAGAAGGGCAAGUGCGAAUCACAGUUCCAGUUGGUACAAACAAGAUGCAGAUAAAAAAUGGCACUGCGAAGUUUGUAGAUGUGCUAAGUUGGACAACGCCUAAGCCCUUGGACAUGACCAACCAGCAAAAACAACCAAUCAUCAGAGACAUGGCUUGUCAAAAUAUUUUUCAGCAAAUCAGCACAAGGCCGCCUUGGAGAGACAGUUCUGCGUUCCCAGGAACCCAUGAGGAAAAUCGUACUGGCCAAACUGUCCAAGGAUGACAAGCUUGACCCCAAGCUCCUUCAGAAUGCCUACCACCUGGCUAAGCGGGAGCUCCCCAAGGAGGAAUUUCAGUACCACCUCCAGCUUGCCAGGGCCAUAGAGUGAAAAACACCAGUUGGACUCAGAAGAUGAUGAUGAUGAAUAUGUGUAUUCAAACUGUGUUACAAACUUUUACAAAAGGAUGCGGGAGACAUCAUUAAAGGAGCAGAUGAGACUCGCUGAUGAUGAUGAUGAUGAAGAUGUGGAAGAGGACUUGUUCAAGUAUACAGUGCAACCAGCCUUUUCUUCCAUUGAUGAUAGCCUUGUUGUCGGGGAUGACAAUUUAAGCAACAAUGCUUGUAUGUCAUCAUCCCCAGAGAGGAAUACAAACAGCAGUCUCCUAGUGAAGUCUCCCACCCCACCACCUUCACCUCCCAAACAGCUCCCUAAAAAAGCACGGAACACAAAGAAGAGAAAACAACUCCAACGUGCCAUGGAAUGCCUGUCCUCUGAUAUCCGUACGGCCCAAAGUGAACUUGUGGCUGCGAACACAUCAGCUGACUAUGAUGUACUGGUGUUGGAAGACGAAGACAGCGAACAGGUGACCAUGCGGGUCGCCAUACAGGGCGAUAUUGAAAGGUUCACGUAUAAAAUGGACGACCCGUUCGAAAACAUGAUGAAUAUGAUCAAGGGGACUAAGGCUUGUGAUAGGGUGAUGUUGGUGUUUAAUGACUGCACCAUUUCCCGGCACGACACACCCAGGGUGGUGGGAUACUCUGUUGGUGAUAUUAUUACCUGCCACCUACUGAAUGGAGAAGAGUCAUUUAUGGAAGACUCCCAUACAGAUACUUCAUCAGACUGUGUGGAGAUUGUGGUCCAGUCGAAUUUCUCUCGACAAAAAGAAGUCAUAUUGGCCAAGAUUAAGUGUCCCAUGUCUGCUGUGCUGAGUGAAUAUGCCUCCCGCAUCAAGACUCCGGCUGAAGAUCUAGUGUUGAACUUUGAUGGUGAUGUAGUGGAUGUUACCCUUACACCAGAGGACCUUGAGGUUGAAGCAGGAGACAUCUUUGAUGUGAAAAGAAACAACGUUGUUAUUAUAAGAUGAUCUAUAUUGUCACCUGCAGUGUUAUUGGACUUCUUAUAGGCGAGCGUUAGACAGUUGGAGUUAAAAACAUCUGGGAGAGAUUUUUAAUGUGCCAAACAGAAUGUUUGAAUGAAUAUAGUUCAAUUUAUUCUGGUAACUCUUAAGGUUACAUCAUUACAUUACUAUCAUUCCUUUUAAUGUAUUGAACAAAAUCCUUAUGGCCCACAGGAAUACUGUAUGCAGUUGUAUGCACAAGAAUGAUUUAUCAUUUGGUUUAUUGUGACAGUGAAUUUUGUCAUUUUGAUUGCUAGUUGAUUGAUUGAUUGAUUGAUUAAUCAAUGUUUAUUCAAGUUAUAAUACACCCAAUAUAUAUUUAUAUUUAGUAAAACUUAAUGCAUUAGACUAAAUGUUAACAAUUGAGGUAGAGUAUAUAGCUUACAUACUACCAAAAAAUAAUCACAUAACACGCUACAAUCAAAUAUACAGGCAGGAUAAAUAAAUUGCUACAAAAUAUUAAGUGCAUUUGUAAACUAAGAAUUUAGAAGCUAUAGUUGGUAACUUGAGCUUAGUUUAGUGUUUAAUUACCUAAGAUGGUACAUUUGUCAAUAUUUAAAAAAAACCCUUCUAGAUCAGAUCAUGUUCUUGAGAAAUUGCUAAAAAAAAUGAAACUUGAUAACUUGUUUGCUCGAGAAUAAUUUUUCUUUGAAAACUUUACCAAAGUUUUUAAUCACCAUAUCCUAUAAGAUAUAAAAUUUUAUAUGAUUUUCUAUAAUUUCGAUGUUACAAGGUAAAAUGAGUUAAGAUUUAUAUUGAGUAUUUUUUUAAAUAUUGGGGCCCAGAUCUUGUAUAUAAAAGCAGUUAAGGUGGAACGCGACUAUGAUUUUUAUUUCGAGUUACUUUCUGAAAAUUGGUAUACGAAUAGAAGAGCAUAUGCCCAGUUAGGGACUGUUUUUACUUUUUCAAUAUUCGGAACAGUUUUGAAUCUACGAGUCUUCAAAAUAUGCCACUGACCUCAAUUUUGAGACGUCUGUCAUAUUUUUGCAUUCCAACUACAAUAACCGAUAUUUUCAUCAAUUCUUCGUUUACAGCUAUGAAAUUUCAACGUCAAGUGCGUCUUGUGAAAACGUUCACGCUCAUAUAUUUUUCUUUCUUUUGAUGAACGUUAUUGUUUCUAAAUUCGUCUAUAACGUCAUUUUUCGCGGGAAAAACGGCGUCGUGUUUCGCUGAAAAAAGUGCGCCUUUCUUAAAUUCUUGAAAAAACUGCUCGUUUAAUUUUUGACUUUUUUAAAUACAUGUAUUCAAUGUUUUAUUACAAAUCACCUGAUAUCAAGAAAAGGGUACCUCACCGACUUCGUUUUUGCGCAGUAUCAAAUAAUCUAACCCCUAUACCUGUUUCUUUUUCAAUACGUAAUGUAUUCAAACGUUUAGCAUGACGUUAAUCGAAUUGUUUUUGUUUAUUAAAUGGAAAUAUUAGAAAUCUUAGUGUCUGAUCAGUUUUAUGUUAGGGAUAUUUGUAAUUGUUGUAGUGCAAAAUAUCUAAUUCCACACAAGACGGGCACUGAAUAACCAGCUUUAUAAAUCAAUGACUUAAAUCUGGCAGCUAUUUGAAUGAGAGGCUUUCUUAAUUAUUAAGCAAUCUCAAUUGCCGAAUUAUAAUAUUUUGAUAAAACAUAUCAAUACUCGUUCCAGUCACUAUGCUAUGAGCUGUGACUAUGCUGAUUAGUGCUUUGUUUUUUGUAUAUACAUCUAUGUAGUAAUAACGCAACAAUAAACGGUUCUACUACUUUAUUAAUUACCAAUUUCGUUAAUAAGUAUCAGUAGAUAUCUGCAGUUAUAUCCAGUUAUAAGGCUCUAAACUAAGCAAAAGCAUAGUAAAUCCAGUGCGUGACACUCAUUUCAUACACAAAAUAUAACUAACAAAUCAAAAAAAUGAUAAUCGACAGAAAUCUGCUUCUGAAUAUUACGGGAAAAAAAUUGUCCUUUACAGUUUUGAACUUGAGUUUACAUUCCAUUUAUUUUUAAUUGAUCGAAAUCAGCACUGGUGAAUUAAGAUUUAAUUUAAAUGAACAAGUACAAGUGUGAACUUGAAAUCCUAGCUAUCUUCUCUAGAAUGUCUUCAAAUGUAAUAAAACUUGAUGAUAUGGCAAGGUAUGCUUAUACUUGGAAAGAUAUUCUUGUCCAAGGCUUAUACACAUAAUGUGCGAACGAAAUGGGGUAUUGUUUUGGUUGAAUAUAAUCUAUAACAAUAUGAUUAUAAAUAUGUAUGAAAAUUUUAAUUUAAAAAAGUUAACCAGUUCAAAUUUUGGUGGCAUUGACCAAUUUCUUUUUGCGUAGAAAAAAAUGUUCAAUGGUUUAAUUAUGUCUUAGUGACAGUAAGUCUCGGUAUGACUUGGAAUUGUGUUCACUUUGUUUUUAAAUUUGUAUUAAGUUAUGUUUAUUAAAACUUAA